AUGAAUAUAAAUCACAAAAUUAUUGAUUCUAGCAGUGAAGAAAAUGAACCUAUUAAUGAAUAUUUUGAUUCUAGUGAUGAAGAAAAUGAUUUUCAUUAUACGAUAAUUACAGGUGCAAAGUUUCAUACUUGGGAAGAAUUUGAAGUUUAUCUUGAACGAUAUGCUUUACAGGAAGGAUUUUCUUUUAAAAAAAUAAGGGUUGAGUAUUAUUUGCAUCAAAAAGAAAUGAAAGGUUUAACAGUUGAUCAGAAAAAACUUCAUGUUAAGCGAAGGACAUAUGAGUGUACUCAUUCCGGUAAUUAUGUAUCAAAGAAGAUUAUUAAUUUUGAUAACCAAAGGAAUAGAAGAAGUUACCAGAUCAAUUGUCCUUGGCAUGUUAAUGCAACUAAACCCAAAAAAGAAAAUACCAUAGGUAUUACAUCUGUUAAACUUGAACACAAUCAUGUUAUGAAUCCAUUAAUUGCAGAAAUGGCACCUAAAUUUAGAAAAUUUACUCCAGAAAUGAUUACUGAUGUUGAAUUUUAUGUGAAACAUAAUAUAUUUAGCGCUACACAGAUAUAUCCAUUACUUCGAGCAAAGUAUUCUGAUUAUCCAAUUUUAAAAAAGGAUCUAUAUAACAUUAUUCAAAAAGUUAAGGUUGGGCAAAAGGAAGUUGUUAAAAAUGAUAUUGGAAUAAAUCGUUAUGAUAUGGUUCUAUAUUUAUUUCUUGUUGUUGAUAAUAAUAUAAGAUCACGAUUGAUAGCAAGUGUAUUGCUAGAAGAUGAAACGGAAAACUCAUUUAUUUGGGUAUUACAACAACUUAAAAAGUUUCAACACAACUUGUGCAUAUUUCAUAUUGAUCUUAACCUUAAAAAGAAUGUGAAACCAAAACUUGGAUUGCAAAAAUUUAGUGAAUUUCGGGCUGAAUUUUUUUCAUGCCGUAAUAGUCUUGUUUAUGAGAUUUUUGAAUCAAAAUGGAAAAUUUUAAUUGAAAAAUAUCCUGAAAUAUCAAAAUAUUUGAAGCGGAUGCUUGAACCAACAAAGGAAAGUUAG